AUGUCGCUUAGCUUCCAGCACGGUAGACUAAUAAGUGACCUUGUGACGAGGAAAAUGACAUCUCUCGGUGGCGUCGUUGCUAAUGCGAUAAAAACAAAAUUGGAGACUGCGUUACAAACAAAGCAUUUAGAGGUGAUAAAUGAGUCAUAUAUGCAUAAUGUACCCAAGGGCGCCGAAACUCAUUUCAAGGUCGUCGUUGUUUCAGAUAAAUUCGAUGGGUUACCAUUGAUUAAGAGACACAGAUUAGUAAAUGACAUAUUACAAGAAGAACUGCGCUCUGGAGUACAUGCAUUAUCAAUAGUGGCCAAAACCCCGCAGCAGUGGGAUGUAAGUGAUAAAGUUAUAGAGAGUAGCCCAAACUGUAGAGGUGGAUUUGGAAAGUGA